AUGCAAGACACGCAAAAGUCGCAGGCUGUGGACGGACUGAACGACUUCACCACGUACCACCGAGCCCCAAAGCCGACGCCGCGCAGCACAACCAGCACUGCCAGCACCGCCAAUCUAUUCCACAGUGGCACGCACUCCCUCUUCUUCCAAGUCUUCGAUGGAUUGACCGCUGGCUUCCCUGGAACUGGGUAG